GAAAGCGAAAGGAGCUUGGGGGAAAGUGUCUGUGCUCCUCCGGGGGAGAGAAAGGAGCUCCUGUAGAGAAAUUAAUUCUCAUGAAAACUCGAAGGGUGGAGAUGUCUGCCCAGAGGUUAAUUUCUAACAGAACGUCCCAGCAAUCCGCAUCUAAUUCUGAUUACACCUGGGAAUAUGAGUAUUAUGAGAUCGGACCAGUUUCCUUUGAAGGACUGAAGGCUCAUAAAUAUUCCAUCGUGAUUGGAUUUUGGGUCGGUCUUGCGGUCUUUGUGAUUUUCAUGUUUUUUGUGCUGACCUUGCUGACCAAGACAGGAGCCCCACACCAAGACAAUGCAGAGUCUUCGGAGAAGAGAUUCAGAAUGAACAGCUUUGUGUCAGAGUUCGGAAGACCUCUGGAGCCAGAUAAGGUGUUUUCUCGCCAGGGCAACGAGGAGUCCAGGUCUCUCUUUCACUGCUACAUCAAUGAAGUGGAACACUUGGACAGGGCCAAAGCUUGUCACCAGACCACAGUCCUCGACCGCAAUGUUCAACUCCAGGAAGCCAUCAGAAGCAGUGGGCGGCCAGAGGAGGAGCUGAACAGGCUCAUGAAGUUUGACAUUCCCAACUUCGUGAACACGGACCAGAACUCCUCCUUUGGGGAGGAUGAUCUUCUGAUUUCAGAACCACCUAUUGUUCUGGAAAAUAAGCCAGUUUCCCAGACCUCAUACAAAGACCUGGAUUGAGAAACAAGCUCCGUAAAGUGUCUUUUGGAAGAUGUGGGUUUUGUCUCUGUAUAACAAGAAAUCUCCAUUCACCAAAAUUGUGUGUGUGUCUGUGUGGGCGAGAGACAGAGAGAGAGAGAGAGAGAGAGAGAGGGAGAAAGACAGAGAGAGAAGAGAGCCCC